AUCAGCCACACCACGAUUUGCUCAUUGACAUAAGUCCUACUGAUCUCUAUCCAUAAAAAUAAUUGCAUUUCUAGGGUAUAGGUAUUACGUCCCUCUUGAUGCGGUUACCUCAAAUAAAUAAUAAUAAUAUAGGCGUGAAGAUGAGUCUCAAACUAGGUUCCAGAUCCCUUUAUUAAUAAUUUAUCCAAAAAUAAUAAUAAUAAUAAUCGCAUUUGGAGGAGUGAAAGAUGUGCUUCUACUGCAGUAUGUUUGCAUUUAUAGGGGCAGAACGUUGCUGAUAUCAUAUGUGAAAUUUAGCUACUCCGUGGUGAUGGGUGUGAGUUUGACUCUGAUCAAGAGAGUCUCUCUGCUUCCUCUUCCCGCCAAAUUCCGAACUCUGUCUCAGUUUUCAUUCACCUUCUCCAAUCACUAUUGCUCCUCUCCUCUCAACCUAGACUCAUACUUCUCCGACGACCAUACCCUCUUCCAUUUCACCUACGAUUCCGAGUCAUUCUUUGCCUCUCUCAUCGAUAAUUCCACCCACAAGAGCCACUUGAAUCAAAUCCAAGCGCAGUUGCUUGUACUGGGUUUCCAAGCCAGCGGCUUUUUAAUCACCAAAUUGGUUAACUGCAGCUCAAACCUCGGGUGCAUUUCAUACGCCCGCCAGGUGUUCGAUGAAUUUACUGACCCGAAUGUGUUCCUGUGGAAUGCAAUCGUUCGGGGCUAUUCGAAGCACAAUGCGUUUGCUGAUGCGGUAGAAAUGUAUUGUAGGAUGCAAGAGACCGGUGUGAGUCCAGAUGGCUUUACUUUCCCUCAUGUGCUCAAAGCUUGCGGUGGCUUGGCCGCGCUUGAAAUGGGCCGCCGGGUUCAUUGCCAGGUGUUUCGACAUGGGUUUGAGUCGGAUGUGUUUGUGCAGAACAGUCUCGUGGCGUUUUAUGCCAAAUGUGGUAGAGUAGAACGCGCUAGGAUUGUGUUUGAUGGGUUGGGUGAGAGGUCGGUUGUUUCGUGGACUUCGAUCAUUUCAGGGUAUGCGCAGAAUGGCCAGUGUUUGGAAGCUCUGAGAGUUUUUAGUGUGAUGAGAAAGUUGAAUGUUAGACCGGAUUGGAUUGUUUUGGUUAGUGUUCUCAAAGCGUAUACUGAUGUAGAGGACUUGGGACAGGGGAGGUCUGUUCAUGGAUGUUUAGUUAAAAUGGGACUUGACUUUGAACCUGACUUGGUCAUUUCACUCACAGCCAUGUAUGCUAAAAGUGGGCAGGUGAUGGUUGCCAGAUCAUUUUUUGAUAAGAUGGAAAGACCAAAUGUAAUGAUGUGGAAUGCUAUGAUUUCCGGCUAUGCAAAGAACGGUCAUGCUGAGAAAGCUGUAGAGCUAUUCCGUGAGAUGAUCUCUAGAAGCAUUAGAAUUGAUUCAAUUACUCUGAGGUCUGCUAUCUCAGCAUGCGCCCAGGUGGGUUCUCUUGAACUAGCGAAAUGGAUGGAUGAUUAUAUCAGCAAAAGUCAGUAUAGAAAUCAUGUUUUUGUUAACACAGCCCUAAUUGAUAUGUAUGCAAAAUGUGGUAGUGUAUACUUUGCUCGCAUGGUCUUUGAUAGAACACCUAAUAAAGAUGUUGUCGUCUGGAGUGCAAUGAUUGUGGGCUAUGGAUUGCAUGGUCGAGGACAAGAAGCCAUUGAUGUUUACUAUUCUAUGCAGCAGGCUGGGGUGGUACCAAAUGAUGUUACCUUUCUUGGACUCCUUACUGCAUGCAACCAUUCAGGCCUUGUACAUGAGGGAUGGGAGCUUUUCCACCGCAUGAGAGACUAUGGGAUUGAGCCUGGAAACCAUCAUUAUUCAUGUGUGGUUGAUCUUCUGGGACGUGCAGGCCAGUUGGAACAGGCUUAUGAUUUUAUAAAAAAGAUGCCAAUUGAACCUGGUACAAGUGUAUGGGGAGCACUUCUUAGUUCAUGCAAGAUCCAUCGAAAUGUGACUUUGGGAGAAUAUGCUGCAGAAAAGCUUCUCUCAUUAGAUCCAUAUGAGAUAGGGCAUUAUGUUCAACUGUCAAAUCUCUAUGCUUCGGCCCAAUUAUGGGAUCGUGUUGCACAGGUGCGAGUACUGAUGAGGGAGAAAGGACUGAUCAAGGGCCUUGGACGUAGUUUGAUUGAGAUCAAUGGAAAACUUCAGGCAUUUCAUGUAGGAGACAAGUCACAUCCAAGGUCUAAGGAAAUAUAUGAAGAGCUUGAGAGUCUAGAGAGGAGGUUGAAGGAGGCUGGCUUUGUUCCACAUACAGAAUCCGUCCUGCAUGAUUUGAAUUAUGAAGAGACAGAGGAGACACUUUGCAAUCAUAGUGAGAGGCUGGCAAUUGCUUAUGGCCUCAUCUGUACUGCUCCUGGAACUACACUAAGAAUAACUAAAAACCUACGCGCAUGUGUGAAUUGUCAUGCAGCAACUAAGCUAAUAUCUAAGCUUGUCAACAGGGAGAUAGUUGUCAGGGAUGCAAAGCGUUUCCACCAUUUCAAGGAUGGAUUUUGUUCCUGUGGAGAUUAUUGGUGAAAGGGAAAGGCCAGCGCUAUAUUUUCUUUGCUACACACUGAAUGCUGUGAAGAAAGGCGUAUUAGAGUACAUGAAUCAGCAGUACCUGUUGUACAGAUCUGAGACAGAUGUAUCGCCAUGCUGACACUGGUGCCGUUGUCACCUUGCUUUCCAGGUUAGGUGGGUAACUGAAACUAUAUGCUAGGUAUGCGAGUAUUCAGUUAUACUUUCUGCUUUUGCCUUCUUCUUCUUCUUCUUUUUUUUCUUUUCUGUUCUAAAUUUGUAUGUUAAAAUUUUGAUUUAGUUUUAUUUGGUUUUCAAUUUGUCCACGCGUUUACAGAUUUCCUUGGGGCUUUAGUGUAUGGUACAAAAUUGGAUAAGCUUCUGACUGCUCCAUAUGCAAUUUUGAUUAUCAAUAGUUUGAGGCCAGCAUUUAUGCUAGACUAUAAUAUGUCUGCAUGAUGGAAAAGGAUAAGAAACAGAUACUUGUCUAAAUGGCUUAUGCACAGCUGACCAAUUUUUUAGAGGUGACCCUUUGUGACCGUGAUAAUGAUUGUCAAAGAAGCUAAUGAGGAUACUUGCCAAUUUAGAGAUGGGGGGAACCAAUGGUUAUGUUGAGUAAGGUACACCGGGCAAGUCCAGAAAAAUCUGUAAUAGAGGACGUUUCUCAAAGUUAUUGCACCUCACAGUUGUGAGGUGGUGGAGCAGAUAUUUGCCAAAGAAGGCAAAAGUGAGGGACCAAUUUGUUCAAUGUGAUGAAUUAAUAACGGUAAUUCAGCCAUGGCAUUAUCCCCUUGAGUGCGGUAGGUAGAGUUGAAGAAUAGCUCAUCGCCAGGCAGAGUUUGAGACAAUUUGUUGGUUCAUCACUGGAUGCGAUAAUUAAGGGAGAUGUACUCUAUGAGACUAUGAUUACCUUCUCUGUUUUUUCUUUUUUUGGGUUAUAUUUUCUGGGAUUAGUGAGAGGACAUAGAGGUAGUACAACUAGCCACACCAUGCUUACAAAUUGUCUUGAGAUACUGAAAGUUACCUCUCUUUAACUGCAACAUAUUCUACAUGAUAUGGUGAAUUUCUAUCAGACUGACACAAUUUUGCGUUGUAUUGCCUGUAAUUGUCAGCAUAAUGUGAAGUGAAGUUUUGUUAGUGUUCACGAGCUUUAUCUGUGAGAACUAAAAACUACAUGUAACAUACAUUAGCGGGCUACAGGUGCUAGUGCCAUACAUGCCUCUUCUUGUAUGACUAUAAAAUCAAUGACAGUGAUUCCCUUCUA